GCAAAAAAAAAAAAAAGUUAUAAUCUAGGCAUUGGCUGUCACCCUGUCGGCUGUGGUACCCCAAGUCCGACGCGGCCGGUUCCAUUUAGGCUCCCUGUCGCUCUAUGACCUGUCAUUUUCAUCGACCGGCCUCGUGCACGACAGCACCUUGCUUUUUGGAUUCCCAGCGGAACCAAACUUCCAGGGUGGAGGGGCGACGCACCGCGGAAAUCCCGAGCCGUGUCCAGAACAACGACCCCUGUCCUAAUGCCAAGGGGUUAGCAAGGAAAAAUGUCAGAUACUGGAAAUUCUGGAAAAGGGAGAACGAGGGAGAGAAAUCGAGACCGAAAGCAGGAAAGAGAGAGAGAUGCCCCCCGAGAUUUACCAUUUACUGGUUAUCAGCAGCUGCGUAUACAUACGCACCGUCCAUACAUACAUACAACAUACGAAUUUUACGACAUAUCAUGUUCGGCCGCGACAGCACAGACCGCCACGCUAAGUCCAGAAGAGAAGAAGGAAGGAUGUAUGCCCACAUACAUGCCUAUUUACAUACCUACACAUUCAGCCCGGGUGCACCGAGUCGCGCAGGCCAGAAUUACUCUAUCCAGUGAUUGGUCGGCACGCAGAAGAAGAAGACAAGCGAGGGAGUGGGCGAGUGGAGAGG